AGCAGCAGCGUUUGCAGUGUCGUCGUUGUAAACAAACACCACCCUUAUACAGAUUGACCGUUGCGCCUGCGUGUGUGAGUGCAACUUCAACAUCCAACAUGGCCGAUGUGGAAGAAAAACAAACCGAAGCGGUAAAUGAAGAGCAACCGGAGAAAAAGCCAAGAAAAUCCCGUAAAAAAAGCGCCAAGGAUGAAGGCGGAGAGAAACCGAAAAAGCCGCGACCACGUAACACGGACAAUCCUCCGGUCCACGACAUGAUCAUCGAAGCGCUGGACGUCCUGGACGAGCGUAAGGGCGUCACGCUUUACGCCAUCAAGCGCUAUCUGGAGGACAACUACCACGUCGACAUGACCAAAGUGGCAGUCCACGUCCGGAAGGUGCUGAAGAAUGGUGUCGACAAUGGGGACAUCAUCCGAACUCGGGGCGUCGGUGCCAUGGGACGGUUCAAAGUCAAGCACACCAAACCGACGAUGCUCAAGAAACGCUGUGCACCGGAGGACUACCAGCAGCUUCCCUACAUAAACAAACAUCGCGUCGCGAAGCCAAGGAAGGUAACGACGCCAGCCAAGCCGAAGGUAACGGCAUUGGCCAAAAAAGAGGAUGUGCCGAAAGCCAAGACCACCCCAAAAGGGAAAAGAGGCCGCCCCGGAAGGAAGACGAAGUAAGCGCUCUAUCGCACAUUUUAGGCCAUCUUCUUUCGAGGAUUGUGUUGAUGGCAGCCAUCAUGGUUUUUCUAAAACAACAAAAAACUACGACGCAUUCAAAUUACAUUCGAGUAGCGUUCCAAAUCAGUCCUUUUCAGGACUACAACACAGUGGCAAAAGAGUUGAAUUGAAAAUGAUUUUCUUAUACGCUGAGUCAGUCAGGAUUGG